AUCCAACUCACAAGAGACAUCCUUCCCCCACUCCAAGGCAGGACCGUUGCGAGGACAAGGCACUGUGACCGCAAUGGCUGCCAUACGAGGGCCAUCAGCCCACUUCCUCGCCGCCUUCCUUCCAGUCGCCCGAGCGUCGCUCUUCCCACAAUCGCAACCCAUCACCAAGCGCAUUCCUCUCCGACAACGACUUCGCACAUCCCUACUGCCCGCCGUGCUCCUGCCCAUUCCGAGCCUGCUGGGCGACAUCUGGAAUGGCAUUCUCAAUGCUGUUCCGAAGAAGAAGACUUCGCACAUGAAGAAGCGACAUCGGCAACUGGCGUCAGGAAAGCACCUGAAAGACGUCACGGCGUUGAACAAGUGCAGCUCGUGCGGGAGGACGAAGCGAGCGCAUGUAUUGUGUCCUUAUUGUGUGGCCAGUAUGUACCAUGACAAUGCUUCUGGCGUGACGAUUUGCAACGGAGGGCUAACAAGGUCGUCAUAGGCAUACGAAGGUGGUUCGGCAAC